AAUAUAGUAGCUGUGUUAUCAAAUCAGCAGUGUUGAAGGUUAUAUGGCAGGGCAGGAAUUGCUUGCUAAUUAUUAUUAUUUUAAGAAAUGACAAUUAUUUUGGACUACGUUUCUAUUUAAAGAGUGUGACACGACUUGAAAAUAAUGACAUUGCAAUGAAAUUGCAAAUGAAUGAGAUUGAAGCCGUAGGCGAACAAUGGAAGUGCAUGACGUAAAUGUUCGUGUCUUGUACGAUUUUGAGUAUUCUACAAAAGAUGGAAGAAAGAUAAAAAUAACAACCGGAGAAAGAUUAUUUCUUAUAGCGAAAACAAAUAGCGAUUGGUGGCAUGUUAUUCGCAGCUCCGAAAGACGUCCCUUCUAUGUACCAGCAACAUAUGUUCAGGAAAUCCCCAAAGGGGAGGAGAAGGGUGUGGGAAAAGAGAAAAAAGAAGACAGAACAAAUUCAAAGGGGCCCAAAGUAAAAAAGGAAAUUCCUUCUCCAGAUUUGGGCGUAGUUCUAAGUGAAUCGGGAAAGGAACAUCAAAGCUUAAUUCAGGUGAUAGAAGAACCGAUUGGUUUCAAUAUGGGCUAUAGGAAUCGGUCCUGUUCUCUCGAGGAUAAGAAGAUGUUCUCUGUCAAGCUAUCGUCUGAUGAUAGACAACGAAUCCUGAAAGGAAAGCUGGGAUUGACUCCUUUGCCGAAAUUUGCACCACCUCCAGAAAUAGAUGAAGAUAAAGAUGCAGAAGUCGAUUAUGUCAAUCUUAGAAAAUCCGAAGACGACAAAGGAUUUAUAAUAGAUGAUGACGUUGUACCAGAUAUAAAAUUCCCCCAACAUUCCAGAAGCGUUGAUGUAGAUUUAGAAGUUGAUGGUGGACCGCUUCAGAGUGAAAUGCCUGCUGCAAUAGAUACUAUUGAUGAGAAACGGAAUAAAUCGCCUCCACAGCCUGCUGAGCGUAGUGGAUACUCAUUUGUUUCCAAUCCAAUCAAAGGAGAAGAUGCAACCACCACCGUCAGCCAUGAAAUGGAUUCAUUGUCACCUAUAUCCCAAGAACUACCACAUUCCAAUUCAUUAGAAGAACUCGCCUUGGAAAUUGAACUGAAAACGAACAGCUUGAAAAGUAACGCUGCUAACACUGCAGCUAAUACUGGCAGCUUGGAGAAAGAAAAGUAUAUUCUCCCUUCAACUUCAGAUAAUUCUGUUGAAAGUAAUAUAGAUUCGGCAUUUGAUAGUUCAGAAUCGAUCAAGGAAGUGACCAGAAUCAGAGUGGACGACGAUGACGAUAAUCCAAUCAGUAGUCCUGUUCCACUGCAAAGAAAACUGAGGUACGUUGGCAGCUUCAAAACGAAACAGGAGAGAGAGAAAUGGGCAAGGCAGCACACAUCCGAUAUUCAAGAGUCUGAAACUGGUAGCUGGGGCCCUGACAAUCACAGGCAGAAGUCAGCGGCUGUCGAAAUAGUCAAACCCACCGAAAACAUCACAAUUAUCAAUAAAAUGGAGGAAAAGCUUCUUCAAAGCUCUGACAGCAGUACGCAUUUAGAACCGAAUAACAGUAAUACUAAAAAUGUACUUUCUAUCAUGGUCAACUGUGAAGAUACAUCGGCUGCGAAUUUCAAUGUCUCGAAUUCUUUCAUUGAAAGUUCUAGAAAAACUGAAGAGCAUCUACUGCAGAUCCAACAAAACCUGGGCAUAGCUCAAGAGGCUUCAGCUAGAAUAGAGAAGUACAGUCCGAAGCAAGCUCUGAGAACAUUGAUUGACCGUGAUUCUGGAAUGAAUAAGCCCUCUCUUGAAUCGAUGAGCGAUGAGAAGAAAAGUAUUGGUAAAUAUUCUGUAGAGCUUAGAGCGUCUUCAUCGUUGAAAGAUUCGCUGGAGAGUGUCAAGUGCUCGAAUUCUGAAAAAGGCUCUACUGACAGUUUGCUCGACAUUGACAAAAAUCUGAAUAACAGGAAGAUUUCAACAACAUCCGAGUCCGUGAUUCAUACUGAUGGAGAAGAUGUGGAUGGCGUGAAUAGUGAUAGUGAAACCGACUCUGUUAUUCUCGGCCUUAGUCGGAUGCAACAGAAUAAGACUCAGGAACCGCACAAGAGAAAGACGUCCUUGAUCAGAAAUAGAAGGGUUGAAGCGUGCAAGACAAGGUCCUAUCUACAACAGCCUCCACCGUCUCCGACGCCAUCUCAAAAGCCAACAAGAACGUUGUCGGGCUCUUGGAACGAGUUCGUCACAUCAGAUGGCCGAGUGUUCUUCUACAACACCGAUACAGGAGAGAGAAGUUGGAAGCCUCCCAGAAGACGAUUCAAUUCAAAUGAUGACAAGAAGAAAGAAGGCAACUUGACGAAUGUAUAUUCUGGCAGCUCGAGUCCUCUCGCCGAAUCUGACGAGCAGCUAUUUCAACGCAGCUUGGAGAACAUUCCACUGCCAGCCGGCUGGAAGACCAGAGUUGACGAAGAGUCCGGUCUGCCCUGCUACAUCAAUAUUCUCACAGGCGCCAAGUGGUUUUCCUCUAGCGACAGCGCGGGAAGGGUCUACUAUUUCGAAGAGAAUAGCAACGAGUCUUCAUGGACACUACCUGAGCUCAGCUAUGUCACUAACAUAAAUGAGUUUUCUUUGUUGCAGAGUCUAACAAGCGCCAGUACGCAACCAAAACCACCUGAUGUUCCCGCUGAAAGAAAUUACAAUCGAGUCUCCAAAUCGAAAUCUAUGAUCUGUGAUGAUAGGAAAGAGGAUGUCCCUGCACCUCAACCAAAACCAAAGAACUGGCCUAACCUGGAGCAUGGUGUCCUGCGCAUUCUACGAGAGGGAACAUUGAACAGAACUAAGAUAACUGAAAAUGGAAAGCGUCUUCGCAAAAAUUGGUCUUCCUGUUACGUGGUUUUGAACGAUCUUUAUCUGAUGUUCUUCAAAGAUCACAAAUCAUUCUCAGCUAUGAAAAGCGCAACAUUGAAGCCUGAAAUGUGCAUCGACUUGAGCGGCAUGCACAUUGAUCGCGGUGAUAAAUUUAGCAACAGAAAAAAUGUAUUCAUUAUAAGUCCAGUUCUGGCGAUGCAGAUCCUCAUUCAAUGUGACAGCAGCAAUGGCGCUGACGAAUGGCUCGAGGCGAUUCAGUCGGCUAUUAGUAAUCUGCCAUGUCAAGUGGAUAGAUGCAUGAGAAUUCCGAAGAUGAGCAAAGAGCAUUCGAAGGAUGACGACGCGGAUGAAGGCAAGAAGUCGCGCAUCGGCAGAUCCAAGUCUGUGAAGAUGAAAAAAGAGGGGAGUAUAGAGGAUCUGUCGCUGACAUCAGCUGAGAGACAGACUAAAAUAAAGGCCAAGUUAAGGAAGUUUUUUCAACGGAGGCCUACAGUCGAGGCUCUAGAAAAGAAGGGUAUCUAUAAAGAUGAACCAGUGUUUGGCUGUUAUUUGGAUUGUGGAAACGAGAAUCCUCGCGUUCCAUACUUUGUGCGUCAUUGUAUAGAGUGUAUAGAGAAAACCGAAGAGAAUAUGAAGACUGAUGGCUUGUAUCGAGCUUCUGGCAAUCUGUCGCAGGUGCAGAAGAUACGACUGCAGGUGGACCAACAUAACUGGGCCGUAUUAGAUCAAGAAGAAGACGUGCAUGUCCUCACAGGAGCUUUGAAACUUUAUUUCCGCGAAUUGAAAACCCCAUUGAUUCCAACUCAGUAUUUCAACAAAGCUAUCAAAGCUAGUACCAAUCAUGUUCGCAGCGCAAAGAUAUCAUCUUUCAAAGAUAUAUUGAAAAAUCUACCAAGCACAAACUUUGAUACUCUGAAAUUUCUUCUUGAGCAUUUACGCCGGGUGACAAACUAUCAAGAGUUCAACAGAAUGCACAUACCGAACCUGGCAAUAGUGUUCGGGCCGACACUGAUGCGCCCCGAGCAGGAGUCUCUGAACAUGGCGUUCGACCUGAUGCAACAGAACCUCGUCAUCGAGUGUCUGCUCAUGGAAUUCGAAAGCAUCUUCGCCAGGUGAAUCUGAAGCAUCAUUUUGUCUCGCUCUGCUCUUCACUCUUCGACUACAUUCCCCCGUCAACAUCUCCACCACAUUUCUAGUCACCUGAUAGGCCAAAAAUUGUUUGCAUCAUCAACUCCACUGCUGAGCUCCAACUAGCUACUAUUAUUACUUUUCCCCAAACUAUGCUCUUGAAAUUUUCGUGGUUAACAAGUAGUUACAACUGUUUCUCCAAACGUUUUUGUUGGUUGGACGUGUUUGUAACUAGAAUCCACUUACAAAAAUUUCUAAUAUCCCACUUAUUAAUCAAGAUUUUCUGACAAAUUAUGAUGGAAAAGAUAUAUCGUUAAGAAUCAAAGAUAAAUCGUAAAGAAUGAAAAUAAUAAUUCUCGUCUCAUAACAACUCUGUCAAAUUAUGAUGGAAAAUAUAAAUCGUAUAGAAUUGAAGAAAAAUCGUAAAGAAUGGAGAUGAUAAUAUUCUCGUCUCAUAACACAAUAUACAAGUUAAACUACAUUGACAUCUAAUUUAUUUAUUUACUGGUACAUAAAUCAUGAAAGAACUAUUUGGGAGAGUAAUGUUGUUUUGUUGAUACAUCAGCUUGUACAGAAAGCUUCAAAUUCAAUUUUACCAAUUAAUAUUAUUUGUUUUGGCAAAUGAUAAUCGAAGAGGGUUAUAAAUCUUCUUUUCCCCUGUUAUAUUCAAGUCAAACGACACUGAUAUGUUGUGUUAUGUGAUUAAAAUAUUUCAAUUUUGUUAUGUUUAUCUUUGAAACUAUUUAAAUGUUCAACCACUAAUCCUGUUAUGAAUAGUUUCCUGGUAUCAAAUGCAGUUAACAUUUCAGCAGGAAACUAUUUUAAUAUGAAAAAUAACUAUAUAGUUAUUGUUAUAUUCUUCCAGAACUGUCUAGUUUCGAUGUUGCAAACUUAGCUGAUGUUGAAUUCGUUAUCUACGAAAAGGAUGUUGAAUUUAGAAAGUUUAUUCGAUGACUUUUGUGAGUGUAAAAUGAUUUUUCCCAAUUAUGAAUUGAAUAGUUUGCAAUAAAUAUUCUAAUCUCUGUUUACUCUUAGUAUUUAUUCUAUUUAUGAACAUGUCAUUUAUAAAAUGAUUGGUAUAUGAUAUGGUAAAUGAGUUUGUUAUGAUAAUAUUCUCAAGUGAUACCCAUAUCGGAAAAAUUAUGAAAUUCAAUAUUGUUGAAUUUUUUAAAUGUGUAUAUAUAACUAUUCUAAAGUACAACAUUAGUAGUAAUCUAAACCUAUUAUUUUAUUAACAACUUUCACACAAUCAUAGAGAGAGUUGAAAUGGAUUCAAUACAGAAAAUUGUCGUGGAAUGAUAUAUGCCUUAUUGUGAUAUUAAGUAGUAUUAAACUACUCACAUGCGUGAUUUUAUAUUAUUGAUUAAUAUUCUAUAGAAAAAUGACUUUGAUUGUGCUACAAAGUUAAUAUUGUUCACGUAUAUUACAUCUUGAAUGCUUUUCUAAAAAUUAUUCACUCAAAGUACAAAAUUAAACUAUGCAAUACCAAUUUUUCAUAUGAGCACAAACCAAGCCUUCAUUUUCCACUUCUUAUAACUUUUGGAAAGUCAAUUACUCUUUGCUUCUAUUCAAAACUAAAUAAUUGGCCUUAUUAUUCAUAUUGGCGAACUUGAUUUUUUCUCACUGAAAUUCAAAAAUGCUUUUUUAAAUUAUCUUAGGAUCUUCUUCAUCCACUUUCCUCUAGAUUUUUUACUUGACUAUUCUAAUGAAAUAUAGCAAAAUCUUUUUAUUCUUAUUCAAAUUCAUGUCACUUAUUAAUAAAUAUCAAUCGGAAAAUAUUUAAAUAUUUAUCCACAUGUAAGUAAUUCCUAUAUCUAUAACAAAGUGAUAAGUGAAUAGUUUGGAAAUAAGGUACGGUACUGAUUCCGUUAAAUCCUUUGUAAUUUAUUGCUUCGUUCUGCUUGUUUGAUUGUUAUCAUCGCAUCACUGAGCAUAAAGGGUACCAUUUUUGACAACUAGAAUAAUACUCACCUUGUCUCACAAACUAAAGUGGUGUUCAUCACAAAAAUUAUUCCAAGUAAAGAUUUGGUUUUGUUUUUAUGUUGAGUUCAAUACAUUCCCAUUUACAUUUCCCAAUCUAUUCACAUCUAUAAUCAAUUAUAUUCUUAUUCACAUCAAACCAACUCCAUACAUCUAAAAAUGUUUUUUUCAUCUUAUUCUAAAUCCAUGAAAAUUCAAACAAUAUUAACGUUUCGGGUCUACUACUUCUUAUUGCAUUUAUUUCAACAUCACAACAUUGUUAUAUUUUAUAUGUAAUUCUAUAAUAAUUACAUAAUAUAUAAGUCAAAAUACAAAAAACGAAUACUGAUUUAAAUAUGAUUGGUUGUCAAAUUUCUCAUCAAUAAUUUGUCUCAAUUAAAACUAUAUAUUCACAAAUAAUAUUCAUUUCCUUUGCUCAGAAAACAUGAAUUAUUCUGUCCCAUGCUUUACAAAUAUGACAAUAUUAUUACUGUAAAGUAUAUCAAAUGAUUGUAUUUUUAUAGAAGUUUUUAAAUGAUUAUUUUCAUCAAGAAUGAUGAAUUGGCGUAGUAUUGAGUGUUGUACAAUUUUCAAUUACAGAGAAGCCUCGAGAGAAUAUUUAGAGUAGUUUCAAUUACUGUUUAGAGAAUAUAAAUGUUUUAUCAGCAAUGUAAAAAUAGAGGUUAAUCCAUUCGGAUAGAGCAUGAUAGAAUGUAAAUUACUGUUGAAUUGUUUAGGAAAUUGGAAAUACUGUGUAAAAUAAAUUGGAAAGAGUAGUUGUAAAUAUAGAUUAAAAUAAUAUUACAACGAUUCAUAAGGUUUGUAGGUACAAACUGUGCAUGUUAAGUUUGAACUUUUUUUUAUAAUCUUCGUACAUAUAGUUGAAUUUUAUUUUGUAACAUUAUUGUUUUAACAAUCUACCAAUCACGCUUGUAUUAGAUUGUAGCAAAUCAGUUAUGUAUUGUAAUAUUAGUGUAUAAUAAUCAUUACUGUCAUCUCAAUCUUCAUCAUGCACACUCAUAGAGAUAUAUAAGUAUUAAACUUGCAUGCUAUGUAGUAGAAUCAUAUACAAAGAAUUUUAACUUGUAAAUGUAUUGUAUAAGUAGUUUUCUAUUGUUAGUGAAAAUAUACUUGCUCGGUUAUCGAAGAUGUUCCAUUAAAUAGAUUAACUAUCACAUAAUUUAUUGUAACUGAAGAGCAUUGAUCCUUCUACAACGUUCGGUCUUCCAUAUCAUGUUAUAUCAUUAGGUCAUUCAAACUACGAUAUAUCGUAGAGAAAAAAAGCAUACGCUUUUAUAGCAUGAGCUCAUGCUAUCUUUCCUCUAUGGUUAUAUAUUGAUUCGUUGUGUUUAUUGUUAUAGGCAUGCAUUUUUAUAGAGAUUAGUACUGAUUUUUUUUACAAUCAUUCCAUUAUCUAAUUCCCUGUUUUGGAUGUUAAAUUGUGUUAUCACCGCUCAAUCUGUGUCAGAAAGGAUGGAAAGCAAUAUCAAUUGUUUUGUAAAAAUCAUUAUUCUCUGGUAAGAAGUGUAACAGCUUUAUCAUUAAAAUAAAGACUUGGGAUUCAAGUUUGUCCUUUCUACAUCUCAUUCUCGAAUUAUCAGAUGUAAUACAAAAUUUUCUCGACCGUAACUUACUUAUGUUCUUAUAUUUUCAUUCACAUUCUGAGCACUUUCAAACAUGAGCAAACAUUGAUUUGGAGAGAAAGAGUGUGAGGGAGAAAAGGCUACCCAUUCCACUCACUCUGUACAGCAUAUCAAGAUAACGAGUUUGAAAAUUAACGAGAACGAAAUGAAAAAUGUAUAGUGCUUUCAAUUUGUAGGAAUGGAACUUGCUUUUAAUAGAAUAAAAUAUAUUAUACAUAAUCGUAGUUCAAUUUCAAUUUUGCCUUCCUUCGUAAAUGAGCAGAUUUCGGUGAUUUUAUUAUUCUAGAAUUCUGGAUUAUUCAGAUUAUCAUUGCACUUAGAAAGAUCAAAUUUCAAAUUCAAUAGAAAGAUUCAAGAAUUUUCACUAUUCCUAAAUAUUCAUCCUAUUUUCCAAUAACAUCUUAGUUAUAAGGAGUAAAAUUAGUACAAAGUCAAUGUUAUAACUAGCUACUGCUGUGUUGGACUUAAAGUUGAAAAUUUUAAAUUUAAAUGAAAAUACUGUAAUUUCAACCCUCAAUUGAUAUAAAUCAGUACUACAUAUCAUAAAAAAUUAUGGCUAUGGGUCUCUAGCAAUGAAAAUGAAGGAGUAGAAUAUGUUUCAACGGAAAAUGUAAUGUACAUUGAAACCAUAACAAAAAACUGUUGAGUGUCAGUCUGUUUUAAUCAGGAAUGGUUUCUAUUAUUAAUUUACUGGGUGGCCUUUGAAUUAUUGUAACUUGUGUUUUAUAAAAAAUGCAAUGAGAGCAAUAACUUAUUGAUUAAAAUUAGAGUUUUUGAGCCUUGUUUCAAAUGUAGCCUAAUAAGUAUAAAUUUCAUCCCCUUCCUAACAAGUCUUCAAAUUUAUGAUGUUCCAUCAUUUGAAUCCUCAUUCUCAAAUUGCUUGUUUGUUCAAUGAACACCAUAGAAUUUACUAAUCGUGAUCAUUUACCUAUGAUCAUAAAAACAUUUCACUAAACUUUUUUUUAAUUUUCCACGUAUGAAGUUGGUCCCAUUUUCAUAAACAUUCAUCCAAAAGAAUACAUUGCAAAAUGACUACCAAAACUUUCUAUCCGUGUUGAUGUUUUGCACUUUGUAAAACGUUAUUGCAAAACUUAAACAAGUUCUCAGCUUGAUACAAAAAUAGUCUCAUUCACCAAUUGAACACCAAAUGAAACUUGUUCACAUGUAUUCACACUGUAUUAUAUUUUGUUAGAUCAUCAAUAUUUUUAACCACUAAAAAUGCCUUUUAGAUGAUAUAUACACUGCUUGUAACAUUUGAAAUAAUGUAUAUUCCUGUAUUAUGAUAUGUAUAUAGUAUGCUGAAUGAUGAAAUGCUCUAACAAAUGUUAUUUAUCACAUAUAUUACAUUGAAAAUGUUAUUUUGAAUGUUUUACAACUUGUUUUUAUUAUAUUUGCACAAUGAGAAUUUUAUUGAUUAUAUAAAAAUAUUGUAACCAUAGCCCAUAGUAUAUUUGGUUAUUCAAAUGAACUAUGAUAUAGAUAUAGUCUAUUAUUGUUAUUUAUUAUGUGAAUGAAACAUUUAGUUUCAAUUGAAAUGAAAAGAAUGGUUAAUGUAUUUCGUUAUUGUGGAAGCAUGAAUAAAGAAUAAUUGAAACUGGCA